AUGACGGCCAAACAAAAACCGAAGAAGAGCGCGAAGAAGGCUGCUGCUGCUGCUGCUGCUGCUGCUGCUGCUGCAGCAGGCUCCUCAGCAGCAGCACGAACAACAACACCAGCAGCAACAGCAAGUACAGAAGCAGCAGCAGCAACAACAAAGCCUAGCAAGCGUCUAGAUAAGCGUUUCCUUGCUGCUGGCGACCCUCGCUUCAGCAUCAACACCACAGCAAGGCAGCAGCAGCAGCAGCAGAAGCAGCUGCUGCAGCAGCGAAAGCAGCAGCAGCAGCAGCAGAGUGGUUCCUCCACCUCUAGCGCUUCCGGUGAGUCUCGUUCGAAGCGUGAGGCGAAGCUAGAGGCAGCAAGGGAUGCAGAAGAGCGAGCAGCAGCAGCAGCAGCAGCAGCAUCUGCUGCGAGUGCCACAGGAACAGCAGCAGCAGCAGCAGCAGAAGCGGAUGCAGCUGCUGCAGUGUACAGCGAUCCUCGCUUUUCUCGCAUCUUCACUGAUCCUUCUUUCUUAGUAGGCAGAGGCCUCAGCGGUUCUGUAGACAAAUAUGGUAGAACCAGCAGCAGCAGCAGCAGCAGCAGCAGCAGCAGCAGCAGCAGCAGCAAGAAGAAUAAGAAGAAGCAGAAGGGAGAAGGCGUGAAGCAUCGAUCUAAAGAAGCAAAGACACCGCAAGAGAGACUUGCUGCUCGCGUUGCCAAGGAAGAAUUGCUGCAGCUUUAUGCCCCAGCAAAUGAAGAUGCUGCAUCUGCUGCAGCAGCAGCUGCUGCUGCUGCUCCUGCUGCUGCUGCUGCCGAACGCAGUAGCAGCAGCAGCAGCGAAAGCAGCGACAGCAGCGACAGCGACAGCGACAGCAGCAGCAGCGAGGAAGAGAGUGGCGUAUGGCAAGAGAACGAAGACGUGCCUAGG